AUGUUGGAUUUCCUGUCUUUUGUUGUCAGCCUGUGUUGGUCACCUGCCACCCCGCACAAAGGCCCGCGCCGCCCGGCACCGCCGCCCGGCCCCCGCCACCCGCCCGGCCCCACCACCCCGGCCCCAUCACCGGUCCGGCCCCAUCACCGGUCCGGCCCCACCGCCCUCCUGGCCUCCACUGUGCAGCCUCUGCGGCUCGCCCCACACCACCGCCUGCCGGCCCCAUUGGCUGCCACCCUUGGGCGCCACUGCCUCGCCCCGCUGCCGCCCGGCCCCAUUGGCUGCCGCCUGCAGGCGCAGCCGCCUCGCCCCGCUGCCGCCCGGCCCCAUUGGCUGCCGCCUGCCGGCGCAGCCGCCUCGCCCCGCUGCCGCCCGGCCCCAUUGGCUGCCGCCUGCAGGCGCAGCCGCCUCGCCCCGCUGCCGCCCGACCCCAUUGGCUGCCGCCUACAGGCGCAGCAGCCUCGCCCCGCUGCCGCCCGGCCCCAUUGGCUGCCGCCUGCCGGCGCAGCCGCCUCGCCCCGCUGCCGCCCGGCCCCAUUGGCUGCCGCCUGCAGGCGCAGCCGCCUCGCCCCGCUGCCGCCCGGCCCCAUUGGCUGCCGCCUGCAGGCGCAGCCGCCUCGCCCCGCUGCCGCCCGGCCCCAUUGGCUGCCGCCUGCAGGCGCAGCCGCCUCGCCCCGCUGCCGCCCGGCCCCAUUGGCUGCCGCCUGCCAGCGCAGCCGCCUCGCCCCGCUGCCGCCCGGCCCCAUUGGCUGCCGCCUGCAGGCGCAGCCGCCUCGCCCCGCUGCCGCCCGGCCCCAUUGGCUGCCGCCUGCAGGUGCAGCUGCCUCGCCCCGCUGCCGCCCGACCCCAUUGGCUGCCGCCUGCAGGCGCAGCCGCCUCGCCCCGCUGCCGCCCGGCCCCAUUGGCUGCUGCCCUUGGGCGCCGCUGCUGUUGCCAGCCCGGCCCGCCCGGCCCCCAGCCCGGCCGCCCUGCGUGGAGGCCGUGCCCGGCGGCGGCAGCGAGGCCCUAGCUUUGCUCGGUGCGUCCUACUGA